UACCAAUCUCCGCACAGCUCCCUGGGAUUCAUCUAAAGCGUCCACAUGGCGGGAGAAGGCGGCGACCAGUCAAUCACCCACUCAACCAUCUCCACUAACGGAAUCAACAUGCACGUGGCCUCCAUCGGAGCUGGGCCAGCGACGAUCCUCUUCCUCCACGGCUUCCCGGAGCUCUGGUACACGUGGCGCCGCCAGCUCCUCUCCCUCUCUGCCCUCGGCUACCGCUGCAUCGCCCCUGACCUCCGCGGAUACGGCGACACCGACGCACCCUCAUCUCCGGCCAAGUACACCGCCUUCCACAUCGUCGGCGACCUCGUCGGACUCCUCGACGCCCUCAAGAUCGAAAAGGUUUUCUUGGUCGGGCACGAUUGGGGAGCCGCCAUGGCCUGGUACUUUUGCAGGCUCCGACCCGAUCGGGUCACCGCCGUGGUCAACCUCAGCAUUCCGCCGCUCCGCCAGUCCCCUGAAUUCAACAUCGUCGACGCCUUUCGAGCUGCCUACGGCGAUGAAUACUACUUCUGCAGGUUUCAGGAAGUGGGGAAAGUAGAAGAGGAAUUUGCUGAGGUGGAGACGGGCAAAAUGAUGGUGAAGCUGUUCACAUUAUUCAGCAAGCCCGACCCGCCGAUGGUGCCGAGAGAAACCCGUUUCCGGGGGCUACCCGACCCGCCUAGCUUGCCGUCUUGGCUAUCCGAAGAAGACGUCAAGUACUACGCUUCCAAGUUCCAGAAAACCGGCUUCACCGGCGGCCUCAAUUACUAUCGAGCCUUCCCCUUAACAGGGGAGCUGAUGGGGCCGUGGGCGGGAGGAGAUUGCAAGUACACAGUGCCGGCCAAGUUCAUUGUCGGAGAUCAGGACGUGGCGUACCACAUGGUGGGGCUGAAGGACUACAUUCACGGCGAGGAGUUCAAGAAGGAAGUGCCGCUGCUGGAACAAGUGGUGGUGAUGAAAGGAGUGCCUCAUUUCCCCAACUUGGUCAAACCUGACGAGAUCACUCAGCACAUCUUUGACUUCAUCAAGCGCUUCUAAGCUGCUUUCUCCCCCUUCCAGCUUUCUCCAGAGCGUGGGUGCUCUGUUUAUCGCAGAUCUGAGGUGCCUUUUCUUUCCAAUUCCAUGGAAAUUAAAGCACAUCAUUGUGUUGUCUUAUUAUGUGUAUCCGUCUGAACUAUGUCGGUAGCUAGUAGCAGCCUAGUUGAUUAAUGAAUAAGCUUCAAUAACUGAAGCCGCACAUUUAUAUUUGAGUAGUUUGUACUCAGGAAUUAUUGUUGUCUUGAGAAAUUUUACAAUGCUAUAUAGUACUGGUGCUAUAGGAUUUUAUUUUUAUGGUACAACUUAAAAUUGUACAUUUACAUUAUGGUACAACUUCAGAUUGUACCUAUACUUUGUGUACAAAUUCUUUUAUGGUACAACUUGAACUUGUACAUUUAUGUGAUGGUACAACUUCAAGUUGUAAAAUUGUACCAUAACAUAAUGUUACAAAUUGUUUUAUGGUACAACCUAAACUUAUACAUUUAAUGUUAUGGUACAACUUUAAGUUGUACAUUAAAGCACCAAUACUAUAUAGCAUAGUAGAAGUGCUCUUGUUGUCUUAUUAUGUACACUCCAGUAUCUUGUUUCAAUAGUGUGUACUUGAAAAUUAUUCUUGUCUUAUUAUGUAGUUAGACUAACUCCAACCCUAGAGCUAAAAAGCCAUUUACCCAUUUUUAGCUCUUUUUUUGUGCUCCAACCCACAUUAUUUUGUGGAGCUAAAAAUGGGUAUUGGUGAAUUGGGAGCCAAAUUUAGCUUCCAAAAAGGUGAAAAAGCCAAAUUUGGCUAGAGGAAAUGGUGGACCCGCGGUGGGUCCUCUUUAAUUUUUUUGUUUUUUGUUUUUUCUGUGAGAUUUUCUCAUUGGUUGAUUGUGUUGUUUUUUCUUUUUGCUUUUUUUGUGUGGUAUUUUGUCAUUGGUUGAUUGUGUAUGUUGUUUAUUUAAUUGUUUGAAAGAAGAUAUGAAAUGUUAUAUGUUUAAUUGGUAUUUUUUCAUUGGUCCGAAAGUUAAAGGUAACAAAAUAAUGACUAAUUUUCCGAAACUUUUUUUGUCUCGGAAUAAAAAAAAAUUACAUAGAAAAUUUUGUUUUCAAAACUAAUAACUAAAUAUAGAAAAUUAAAGUGAAAUAUGAAAAUUAGAGGUCAAAUAAGUAUGCUUUAUUGUAAUAAAUUGAAAAAAGGUAGGUAGGAAGCUAAAUUUAGCAUUGUGUAGGGUUUGAGUGAAAAUGAGGUUUGGAGAGCUAAAAAGCCAUAAAAUAAUAAGUUUGAAUCGUGGUAAUUGGAAAGGAUCUAAUAUCUUACUAUUUACUCUCGAGGAUUGUUAUUCGUCACCCUACUUUUUACUAAUUAUCGCCCUAAAUUGAUGUAAAAGGUCUUAUAUACCCUUAUUGAAUAUCAUAUUCUCAUAUCAAGGAUAUGAUAUUCAUUAAGAUCAUUGGAGACUUUUUACAUCAAUUUAGGGCGAUGAUUAGGAAAAGGUAGGGCGAAGAAUAGUAAAGCAUUUACUCUAUUGCUCAAAAAAUUUACUAAUUUUACUUAUGUAGAUGAAAGAAAAUUUUAUAGUAAAAGAUUCCCAACAUCUAGCAACAAUUGGGUUUUGCUAUCUAUUUUGGUCAAAUGAACUUCAAUGAGAAUGUUAAUUAGUUACAGAAAAAAUAAUGACCAAACCAGGUUACCCUAGCAACCCGAGCAGGGGCGGAUACAGGAGGGUUUAAGGGUGUCCUGGGAGACCCUAAAAUUUGGGAAUACGAUUAUUCAACUCCCGGUAAUAGUUUUGUAUGGAUAAAAAAAUUAUAAUUAGUGAUUUGGGACACCCCUACAACGAUAAUCCUAUCCUCAAUAGUAGUUUGCGUAUACUUAAAAAGCGAUCAUCUGUAUUAUUCAAACUUAGGAUAUACUAUAUUAUUUAAACAUUGUCCUCCGUUAAGUUGCAACUCAUUUUGUUCUAUUGUAAACACUACAUAAUAGUAAAAAGUCAUUCCUUAU